AUGACGUACCACCAGCUCCAGACCCUGCUGUGCGAGCUCCCCGGCACGGCGGGCGCUGUGGCCCCGGUGUCGGUGGUGAGCCCGGGCACCCCGACCCCGGCAUGCAGCCGGCCAACCCCCCUCCUCUCUCCCUGUCGGUGUUUGUGUCGGCAGACAGAAAAUGGAGUGCUCCUGCCCUCGCUGCAGUCGGCCCUGCCCUUCCUGGACCUGCACGGCACCCCCAGGCUGGAGUUUCACCAGUCCGUGUUUGACGAGCUGCGAGAGAAGCUGCUGGAGAGGGUCUCUGCCAUCGCUUUGGAAGGGAAAGUCGAGGAGAGAUACAAGAAGCUGGAAGAUCUCUUAGAAAAGAGCUUUUCCCUGGUCAAGAUGCCCUCCAUACAGCCUGUGGUAAUGUGUGUCAUGAAGCACCUGCCCAAGGUCCCUGAAAAGAAGCUGAAGUUAGUGAUGGCCGAUAAGGAUUUGUAUAAAGCGUGUGCAGUGGAGGUGAAGCGCCAGAUCUGGCAGGAUAACCAGGCUCUGUUUGGUGAUGAGGUGUCUCCACUGCUGAAGCAAUACAUCCUGGAGAAAGAAAAUAUUCUCUUCAGCAAUGAUAUUUCUGUCUUGCACAAUUUCUUCAGUCCAUCUCCCAAGACGAGACGUCAAGGAGAGGUGGUUCACAAGCUGACCCAGAUGAUUGGGAAGAAUGUGAAGCUCUACGAUAUGGUGUUGCAGUUUCUGAGAACCUUGUUCCUUCGGACGAGGAAUGUUCAUUACUGCACGCUACGGGCAGAGCUCCUGAUGUCGCUGCAUGACCUGGAAGUCAAUGACAUCUGCAAUGUUGACCCCUGUCAUAAGUUCACCUGGUGCCUUGAUGCUUGCAUUCGGGAGAAGUUUGUGGACAACAAGAGAGCUCGAGAAUUGCAAGGGUUUCUGGAUGGAGUGAAGAAAGGACAAGAACAAGUGUUGGGGGACUUAUCAAUGAUCUUGUGUGAUCCCUUUGCCAUUAACACCUUAGCCUUGAGUACCAUCAGGCACCUGCAAGACCUGGUUGCACAGGACACCUUACCCAGGGAAAGCCCGGAUCUGCUGCUGCUCCUUAGGAUGCUGUCUUUGGGACAAGGUGCCUGGGACAUGAUUGACAGUCAAGUCUUCAAGGAACCAAAAAUGGAAGCUGAGUUGAUCACCAAGUUCUUGCCUAUGCUGAUGUCCUUUGUGGUGGAUGACCACACGUUCAAUGUAGAUCAGAAACUGCCCUCGGAGGAGAAGGGACCGAUUCCGUACCCCAGCACCAUUCCUGAAGCUUUCACCAAGUUCUUGCAGGAGAACAAAAUAGCUUGUGAGAUUGGGCUGUAUUACAUCCUUCACAUCACUAAACAGAGGAACAAGAAUGCUUUCCUUAGGCUCCUGCCAGCACUAGUUGAGACAUUCAGUGACUUGGCCUUCAGUGAUAUUUUUCUGCAUCUGCUUACUGGUAACCUCACGCUGCUGGGUGAUGAAUUUGCACUUGAGGAGUUCUGCACCAGUCUCUUUGACGGCUUCUUUCUCACUGCCUGCUCAAGGAAGGAGAACGUACACAGACAUGUGCUAAGGCUGCUGCUUCAUCUGCAUCACAAAGUGGUGCCUGCCAAAUUAGAGUCUCUCCAGAAGGCUUUGGAACCCACCAAGCAGAGCGGGGAAGCUGUGAAGGAGCUUUAUAACCAGCUCACAGAGAAACUGGAGCUUCGCAAGCCAAGUCCAGCCGAAGUGACUGAGACUCCCUCCAUGGAACUGCCCUUGCCCACUGUGCCCACGCCAGCCUCACGCUGAGCUACGUCUGUAGUGCGAGAGUGAGACAGAAGAACGAACCGAGUGCUCUGCGGCGUGAAGGCGCUGUGCUGCCUUUCAGGUGUCUCUGCCUACAGGGUGGAAACAGGAAAAAAAAGCCACUGAAGCCCUUUCAGGAAACACUGCAGUUUACCCAACUCACUGGCUCUUGCUGGUUAGAAAACUCUGUAUGCAGUGCAUUGCAAAGGUUUACUUUUCUUAGGUAGCUGAGUGUCUUCUUUUAGAUCCACUUAAAAUCUGACUGUACUUUUUUUUUUUUUUUCAAAAAGGAAAUGCAUAUUUUUAA